ACUCAAUCAACAGAGUUUUUGUUCGACUUGGGUCACCAGAUCAGAAGACCUAGACCUAGUUUCUUGGUAGUUCAUUGUACAUCAUGUCAUGGUAUUCAACGAGUGGCGCCAAAAUACUAAGUUCCGACGAGAGAAAUGGUGUUCAGUAAAGUUAACCACACUUUUCUUGAUCGUAUGGCGAAGUACGUCUCCAGCCUCGUUUUGUAAAGUGCGAUUAUUGCAAUUCUCUUGACGGAUAUAAGUUAGUUGUGUUGACAUCGACACAAUAUCACAGCUGUUUUCUUCCUUCUUCCUCCUUUUUUUUCCUGUUAUGGCGUCUGCGCUAGGACGUCAUGAAGUCAGUAGGUCACUCUCAUCACCUCAAAAUCAGAUCAUUACGGCAGCAAACCAUCAUGGAAGGCCACAAUCGUCUCGUCAGUCCAUCGACGAGCUUUCUGCUGGUCCUGUGCUCAGUGCAACGCGAGUAAAAAGAACACAAAGCAGAAGCAGAGACAAGCGAAUCGUCUGCAGUGUGGAAGGCGGUGCUGAAGUGACUGGACAAUCAGCGUCGGCCGAACCUCUUUCGCCACUUUUAUUUGUGAUAUUUCUGUCCAUAUUUAUUGUUUCCUGGGAGAACUUAAUUGUAAUUUCAAAGAAGUGAUCUCUUAUUAGAUCGAAAAUGCCUCUGGAAAAUUUGGAGGAACAGGGCCUUGAGAAGAAUCCUAACUUGGAAUACGCUCAAUGGAAGUUUCUGCUUAGCCUCAAUGAACACAAAAAUGAUACAACUUUGCAAAACCGGCUGCUUGAUGCCAUCAAACAAGAUAGCAUGGCUUCAUUUUACGAGGAAGUAUGCCGUGAUUUAAACUGGCCUCUAGACCAAAAGCUGUUAUCAGAGAUGAAAUCAGCUAAUGAAGAAAAGUUAAAGCAGCUUGAGGAAACGAUUGAGGAUGCUGAGAAGAACCUUGGAGAGAUGGAAGUUCGUGAAGCCAACCUCAAGAAAUCUGAAUUUUUGUGUAGGAUUGGUGAUAAGGAAGGUGCUAUCUCAGCAUUCAGGAAAACCUAUGAAAAAACUGUAUCCCUUGGACAUCGGCUGGAUAUUGUGUUUCACAAUCUUCGUAUAGGUCUUUUCUACUUGGAUCAUGACUUAAUUACUAGGAAUAUUGAAAAGGCCAAGAGCCUGAUUGAGGAAGGUGGUGACUGGGACCGCCGCAACAGACUUAAGGUGUACCAAGGCCUUUAUUGUGUCUCAAUCCGUGACUUUAAGGGAGCGGCUAACUACUUCCUGGAUACCGUGUCAACCUUCACCUCCUAUGAGCUAAUGGACUACAACACAUUUGUCCGCUACACUGUUUAUGUCAGCAUGAUUGCUCUUCCCAGGAACGAACUACGUGAUAAGAUCAUCAAGGGAUCUGAGAUUUUGGAAGUACUCCACACUAAUUCUGAUUUGAAGAACUACCUGUUCUCUUUGUAUGACUGUCACUACAGUGACUUCUUCAAGAACCUUGCCAUGGUAGAAGGUCUGCUCAGGAGAGACUACCUAGUUGCUCCACAUUAUCGGUACUAUGUGCGGGAAAUGCGAAUUUUGGCAUACACUCAGCUCCUUGAAUCAUAUCGCAGUCUUACUCUGCAGUACAUGGCAGAGGCAUUUGGUGUGACCGUUGAUUUCAUUGACCAGGAACUAUCAAGAUUUAUUGCUGCUGGCCGUCUCCACUGUAAGGUGGACAAAGUUGGUGGUAUUGUUGAAACCAAUCGUUCAAGACGCACAGACUCAAAGCACUGGCAAUAUCAGGCAACAGUGAAGCAGGGAGAUCUUCUUAUAAACCGAGUUCAGAAGCUUUCUAGAGUAAUUAAUAUUUAGUUAAGUCACCAAAUUUAUACUAUUUCAUUGUAUGGUUUGUCAAAAGUGGUACCCUUUCUUCUUGUAUUUAUAGACUAAUAAAUAACUUUUCUAAUCAA